UUUAGGAGGGAAAAAAAUUCCGCUGAUUUCCAAAUACCCUUGGCCUCUUGCUCAAAAUUUAAAUAUCCAUUGAAGCACCUUACUAAAUGCUUGUAACAAGAAACUAACAUCUCCCCCACCACCGGCACUGCCACUACCGCCUCCACCAAAAUCCCCGGUGACCAAUGCACGAUCACCGAGACUGACACAUACCCAUAAAUUUCAGUUCUAUCACAAUGUCUCCCCAGAAAAGAUCUCCACCUCGUCCACCUUCAACCGCCAACGAUCUCAAGAGCCGGGUCAUUACCUGCCUCAACAAGCUCUCCGACCGCGACACUCUCUCCCUUGCCACCACCGAGCUCGAGUCCAUCGCUAAGACACUCAACCACGACUCCUUCUCCCCUUUCCUCAACUGCAUUCACAACACGGAUUCCUCCUCCAAGUCUCCUGUUCGCAGGGAAUGCGUCAAUCUCUUGACUCUCCUUUCCAACCUUCACGGCAACUCGCUCUCUCCCCACCUCUCCAAAAUGAUCUCCACCGUUACUCGACGCCUCCACGACACUGACUCCGCUGUCCGAUCCGCCUGCGUCGAGGCCACCACUGCUAUGUCGUCGCAUAUCACCAAGCCACCGUUUUCUACCCUGUCGAAGCCGUUUAUUGAGCUGUUGACGCUUGAUCAUGAUUUCAAUGCUCAGAUCGGUGCUGCCAUGUGUUUGGCCGCUGCGAUUGAGGCGGCGCCGGAGCCGGAGGCGGAACAGUUGAGGAAGGUGUUGCCGAGGCUGGUGAAGUUGGUGAAGGGCGAGGGAUUUAAAGCGAAACCGGCGUUACUGAGUGUGAUCGGGAAUAUUGUUGGCGUUGGUGGCGCGUCGAGUAAGAGCGUGUUGGAUUGGCUAGUACCAUGUUUACUGGAGUUUCUGAGCAGUGACGAUUGGGCAGCCAGAAAGGCGGCGGCGGAGGCCUUGGGGAAGGUGGCCCAAGCGGAGAAGGAGUUGUCAAAGGAACAUAAAGUUGCGUGCUUGAGUUCUCUGGAGAGCAGGAGAUUUGAUAAGGUGAAGGCUGUUCGGGAGACCAUGAAUCGUACCUUGGAGUUGUGGAGGGAAGUUCCUGGCUUUUCUGAUCAAGAUUCAUUAUCAUCUCAAUCUAAAUCUUCUUCAAUAGCAUUCCCAUUUUUGCAAUGGACAGACAAAGCUAGUGGUGAAAGCUCCCCUUCUGCCUCCCAUAAUUCUCAUGAAGUCAGUUUCAGAUCUCCUCAACCAAAGAAAAUAUUGCCCGGAAACAGGUCCCCCCCAUCGGAUGCUUCGCCUGUGACCACUGCCAGAAAACAAUGCUCUGUAAAGAAUAACAAUGACAAUCCAAAGACAGCAAUGGGUCGUAAAAUGGACCACAGGAAAACCUCUGCCUGGAAAAUUGAAAUUGCUCUACCACAAGACACAGGCUGUGGUGAUGAUAUCAAAAGGUGCAGUUCUGGAGUUUUAGAAUCAGGGGAGGAUGCAAACAAUGAUAAAUGUAGACCAGACACAAAACUUGUCCUCUGCAGCAGUACACGAGACGAUAAACAGUACAAAUUUGGUGGUCUGAAAUCUGGGUCAAGGGUGGUUCCAUUUAAUGAUGAUGAUAACUUUUACAACAAAGAUUUUGAGGUCAACAAUCCUAAUGAAGAAUACUGCGAGAACAGUAAAGAUAUUGAGGAUCUGUCUUUAAUCCGUGACCAACUUUUGCAGAUUGAAAACCAGCAAUCCAAUCUUUUAGACCUUCUUCAGAGAUUUAUUGGCAGCUCCCAGCAUGGGAUAAAUUCUCUGGAGACACGUGUUCAUGGCCUGGAGAUGGCAUUGGAUGAAAUCUCCCAUGACUUGGCAUUAUCAAGUGGAAGAAUUCCUCAUUCUGACUCUGGAGAUAACACUUGUUGCAAUCUUCCUGGCGCAGAAUUUCUGAGUUCUAAGUUCUGGAGGAGAACGGAAGGUCGGUUUUCGACUUCAAGGCUCUCUUCACCUGGGAGCAUACAAUCACAUGCACGAAACAUUCUCAAUAUAGAUUACAGCGCUGAAACCUGCAAUUCCAAUAGCCAAAGAUUUCCGCAUCAGAACAAGAGUGGAUUCACCUUGAACCCAUUGGCUGAAUCCCGCAGCGUGGCGAGGAGGAAUUUGGGGUUCUAUUCAAGUCAAAUGUCAAAUAACAUAAUCCAAGAAGAUGGACAAGUUCAAAGAUCCAAUGGACUUGGUGAAGUUUCAUCAGCUUCCUGUCCAGCACCUGUGAACUUAUGCAGCAGAUUCUCUGAUUAGUCAAAAUAGGAGCAUUUUUCAACAGCGAUAGCAUUCAUGGUGAUCAAAACCUGAAGAUGGCAGCAAGUCUACUACAGAAUGUCAUGAAUGUGAAAUUUCUUACUCACUGCUGCCUUGUUAAUAAUUUGGGACUGCUGUAAAACACUAUCCAAUUUCCCAAAAUUCAGAGGCAGCAUCAUCUUUUAUGAGGUGCCAGAGUAGUCUGCAGAAAAGAAUCUUAUUUAGCAUUUGCAUCCUCACUGAUUCAAGCUGUACAAACAGUAGCCUCAGUCCUUCACAGUUCACACCCUUUGCUGCUUGUUAUACUUGUCCCAUAUGGUUAAUAAAAGCAUCCAUUUUUGUUGGAA